UUCUCUCCACAGCCUUGUUGCGUUACAUUUUACGCACUCAAUCAUCGCUACUCUGAGAGUUUGUAACGGUCAAUCCUCCGCUUCGCCUGCCCCUCCAUCCCUCCUUUGCUCUGGUCCUCGUUGCGCAUUAUGUUCCAGUUUUGCCGGUGCUCGCGGAUGCCGAUUUUGCAUUCUGUCUGGGUCCAUGUUGGCGGACGGUGACGAUUCCGGGAGCAUAGGUGGAAUUGCCACAGAGCAGAUAGGGGAGUGAAAGAGAGACAGAGAGAGGAGGAUGGGGAAGCUUUGGUCACAUUCGGGAGAUGCUGUGCUGCCGUUCGUCUGCACGGCGUGCCUGGCGUCUCUUCUAUUUGGUUAUCACCUUGGGGUGAUCAAUGGCGCCUUGGAUCACAUUGCUGCUGGGCUCGGCUUUGCCGAUGAUGCUAUUCUUCAAGGAUGGGUGGUUAGUUCUACGUUAGCUGGAGCUGCAGCAGGGUCGUUGACAGGCGGUGCCCUGGCUGACAGAAUAGGCCGUCGCCGGACCUUCCAGCUCAAUGCAUUGCCUCUCUUUCUAGGUCCUCUCUUGAGUUCUAAUUCAGGCGGCUUUGAAAGCAUGGUUCUUGGGCGGAUCUUGGCAGGGAUUGGAAUUGGCAUUGCUUCCUCUGUUGUUCCGCUCUAUAUAUCUGAGAUUGCACCUACUGAAGACCGCGGUUCUCUAGGAUCAUUGAACCAGAUCGGCAUCAAUAUUGGCAUCCUGCUUGCUCUCGUAGCAGGGCUUCCACUUGCGCACUCUCCAAAUUGGUGGCGGGCCAUGUUUUUACUCUCCACGUUACCUGCGAUCCUCCUCUUAUUGGGCAUGUUUAAGUGCCCCGAAAGUCCACGUUGGCUUGUCAAGCAAGGGAGGUAUGCUGAAGCAGAAGCUGUAUCAAGGCUAUUGUGGGGGAAAACAAAUAAGUUUGAGGAGGAAAUAGGGAAUCUCAAGACUGACGGUUCUGAAACUUUCGAUGAAGAUGCCAUCUGGGGGGAGCUUCUAAGCAAGCGUUAUUGGAAGGUUGUAAGUACAGGAGCAAGCUUAUUCUUAAUUCAACAACUUUCUGGUAUCAAUACGGUUGUCUUCUUCUCAACAGCUGUCUUUCGCGGAGCAGGCAUCAAAUCCGACGUCGCAGCCAGUGCCCUUGUGGGGUUGGCUAAUGUCAUGGGUUCAAUGGUAGCAUCAUCUCAAAUGGACAAGCAAGGACGCAAGUACUUGCUCAUGUCUAGCUUCACAGGCAUGGGUGCUUCAAUGGUGCUACUGGCGUUAAGUCUAGCAUGGCGUUCGCUACAAACCUUUUCAGCCAUUCUGGCAGUCCUUGCGACUGUCGCGUACAUGCUGGCCUUCUCGUACGGUGCCGGACCAGUCCCAGCCUUGCUGCUUGCUGAAAUGUUCGCGUCACGAAUUCGUGCGAAGGCUAUGGCUUUCUCAUUAGGAGUACAUUGGGUCUGCAACUUCGUGGUAGGGUUGCUGUUUCUGAGUGUAGUUGAGAAAGUUGGAGUGAGCGUGGUAUAUCUCGCCUUUGGGGCAGUCUGCUUUUGUGGCACCUUCUAUGUUUCCAAGAACCUGGUAGAGACGAAAGGUCGGUCACUAGAGGAAAUCGAGCGGGAGCUCAGCCCUGCUGUUUACAAUGACGCACCGGGUUUUGCUAUUUUAUGAGUUGUAUCACCUGUAUUCAAGCAUAUAAUUUGCCCACGAUGGUAGUUGGGCAUUUGUACUCGA